AGCAAUUUAACUUUGUAUAUAGAAGUUGUUAAACGGUUGCCACAUAUGGCGAACGAGCUCUCUGAGCCAAACGGCCCUUCUUAUGUGCGACAGCUCGCUAAGCGCUGAAGUGAUCUGCCCACCGAUUUUACAAAACGUUGCAAUGUUAUAGUAGAAACGCUUUGAAACAAUACUACGUAGGCUGCCGAGCUAGAGGGCCUCACAGGUUGAAGGAUGUCUGCACCGGGCGCUCACGGUGCCGAUGGCCGUGGCCCUGGGCUUGAUAUUCUGGAUGAAGUCGCAGCAGCGCAGCAGUAUGUCCUUGACUUACAGGUUCUCUUCUAUUCUCUGAAGACUGUUGCAGCCAACUCUCGCAAGGACGCUGCCCUAGCGGGUGCCGAGGCUGGUACAAACGCUUCAGCUGUUGGCGACAGCAGCGGAAAGGAUGCCCGGCGGCGUUCGAUUGGUACCUCCACGCCUCCGGAGUCCAACUCUGCGGACGCAACCGCUGUCUUACAACAGCAAAUUGACACAUUAAUACGGCAGCUCGAGGUGGAGCGGGUGGAGAGGGCGCGGGUGCAAGAGCAGUACGAUCAGGCAGCUGCCAUGCUAAGAAAGUCGUACGGCCAGAUCGUGGAUGACUACCUGUUCGCUACGGCGCAGCUGCAUGCGCGAACCAAGCAGCUAGAGGCCCUCAUCGCAGCCACGGCACCCGCUGCAGCAGCUGCUGCUGCUCCCGAGGACGAUGAGGAUGUCGCGCCUGAAGCAGCAGCAGCAGCACCGCCUGGGGAGCCCCUGGGGAGCCGCGUUCCCAAGCCAGCCCACGCCUACCAGGCAGCGGCAGGAGAACAGCCGUGGAUGCGGGGCGCUACUGCAAGCGGGCGGGCGGGCACGGAGGCAGCAGCAGCUCCGCAGCAGCAGCACGUGGAGCGACGGCAUGUGGAGGACGCUG